AUGUCAAACCGUGCCUUUCGGCCUAGGCCGAUCGAUUUCUCUCGACCAAUGCCGGUGGUCAAAUCACAGAGAGAUCUCGAAGUCAACGAAGAUGGAGUUCUUGUGCCCAAGAAGGAGGCAUUGGAACCCGAAUCUUUGUUGGAUAUGAACGAUGUCGGAGAUGAGGACAUGGAAACCUUAAGAAUAUUAAAUGAGCAAUAUGAUAAGGAAUCAAAGAAAGCGAAUAUUCCAGUCCCACCGAUAAUCGUUAUUGAUGACUAUGACAAACAUGUCGCCAAAGACUUUGUUCGUCCAAGUCAUUAUUUGAGAUAUAAAGCUCCGUCGGAAAAAGAGCUUGAUGAUGUGGUUGAAUAUGAAAUGGAUGACGAAGACAUAGAAUUCGUUACCAAAACAUUGCCAGCCAUGAAAGUAACUCUAAAGGAAGAGAAGUUUGAGCAAAUUGUAGAUCGUCUAGAGAAAGAAUCCUUUAAACUGGGGAAAAUGUGUGAAAUGUCUGUGCUCGAGACCUAUAAGUUGGGUGGUGGAAAGCAGGUUACACAAGUAUUCGAUUAUUGGGUCAAAAAGCGUAGCAAGACGGGAAGGGCUUUGAUUCGCAGGUUUCAGCCACCCACUCCUAUCAGUGAUAUGUCUCCACAUUCUACUUUUCGACCACGAGAGAAGGAAGAGAAAAGGAUUCGUCGUACUCGCAAGAACGACAAGGAUGCUCACAAGAAGCUCAAAGGCCUGCAAGCAGAUUUCAGAAGGGCAAAGGAAAUACUGGAAAGAGUGUUUGCAAAGGAUAUCAAGGAUGUUCCUACAAGUAUUAUUUCGGAACAUGACAGCUUCUUCAAAGAGUUGCAAAGGGAGAAACUAAAGAGAGCUACUGCACAGAAGAAACCUGAAGGAUUGGAAGAAGAUGGAAAUAGGAGUCAUGUACCUCAGGCUGCAAGGCCAAGGCAAGUUCCAUCUAGGCAAGUUGCAGGAUCCGCAAAUGCUGAAGAAGAAGUUCUAAAACUCGAAGAACCUAUUGUAUCUGCGGAAAAAGCAGAGCAAUUGAGAAGAUGCUUCCAGCACUUGAUGAAAUCUUGGGAUGAAGAUGGGGACAGUGCUGGAACAUCGGUUCUUCCAAUUACCAAGGAUGCAAAAUUCUGUACAAGCUCAACACCGGACAGGGAAUCGUUGAUUUACCGUGGACGAGCAAGGAUAGGUCGGGGUGGCAGAGUGAUUUUUGAUAGGUGCACAUCUAACGCGUACGAUGCACACCGCACUGGGGAUGAAUGGGAUGAUUCAGUGGGUUCAAAGAGAUCCAGACAUAAUGCGGACUUGGACAUCUCACACUCCAAACUCCGCGGAAUGGAGACGGGACAAAAAACGAAUUAA